AUGGAAAGCAUUUCAGACAAAACCACCUUAGACAUUGCUCUUCUCGCACACAUCUCAAACUAUUCCACUGGUCAAUCCGCCCGGAGACACCGUACAAACUUGAAUAGUGCUCUAAUUUCAGACGACACUCCUUCUCGACAUUGUUGUUGUUGUCGGGACAUGACGGAGCUGUUUGAUCUCAGAGAGCUGCGAAUUUUGGACAUGGCUUGAGGGUGAGUUGAAAUUCAAGCAAAAAAUCGAUUUUCAUCCACUUAUUUUCAGUCUGCAAGAGUUGAUGUGUUCGGACACUACGAAUCGAUGGACGCCGUGCAAAAAUUGGCUUCGGACGCUAAUAAUUUAUACUUUUUAUAA